AUGCACCGCACGAGUGAAGGAUUUGCAGUCUUAGGCUAUGGCUUCAAACGUGAUAUAUCACCUGAUGUCUGCACCUUUAGCGCACUCUUAAAUGGGCUCAUCCUAGAAGAUAGUGUCCUCAAGGCAGAAAGAUUAUUUAAGAAGCUAAUCAAAGAGGAACUCUGUGAACCUGAUACAAUUAUGUACACCACUAUGAUUAAAGGGCUUUGCAGAUUUGGCAAUAAUGAUACUGCCAUUGCAUUGCUUAAACUAAUGUAUAGGAGUGGUUGUAAACCUAACGUGGUCACAUAUAACACAAUCAUUGAUAGUCUUUUUAAGGACAAAAUGGUAGAUGAUGCUUUAAACCUCUUCAAAGAAAUGGUCUUCAACAAAGGCAUCCUACCUGAUGUUGUGACUUACAACUCUUUGAUUCAUGACCUUUGUAACUUAUGUCGUUGGGAUGAGGUCUCUAAAUUGCUCAAAGAGAUGGAGGAUGAUAGGAUUUCCCCAAGUGUUAACACCUUUAAUAUAUUAGUUGAUGCACUUUGCAAGGAAGGGAAGGUGGAGGAUGCAAACUGUGUUAUCAACAUAAUGAUCCAAAGAGGAAAAGAUCCUGAUGUAGUCACAUACAACUCACUUAUCGAUGGUUAUUGUUUGCGAGGUGAAGUCACGAAAGCAAGGGAAACUUUUGAUUCCAUGGGGUUUCGAGGUCUCGUUCCUAAUAUUGUGACUUAUAAUAGUUUGUUGAAUGGGUAUUGCAAGAAAUUGAAGAUAGAAGAGGCCAUGCAUUUGUUUCAUGAAAUAACUAAAAAAGGUAUGAGACCUAAUGUCAUCACUUACAUCACCAUGCUACAGGGAUUGUUUCGAGUUGGACGUUGUAAAGAUGCAGAUGAAGUUUUUAAUGAGAUGCGAGCAAACAAACUGAUUCCGGAUGAAUGCACUUACAAAAUAAUUUUGGAGGGUCUAAGCAACAACAAUCAAGUGGAGAAAGCACUUUCUUUAUUCUAUUUAAUAGGUGACAACAACCUAAAUUCAAAUAUUAUUGUGUACAAUAUACUUAUUGAUGGUGCAAGUAAAAGUGGGAAGUUUGAUAUUGCAAGGAACCUUUUUAAUGAACUAAUUGUUAAAGGUUUAACACCUGAUAUUUGGACAUAUAAUACAAUGAUCGGUGGGUUUUGCCGGGAAGGUGUGAUGGGGGAAGCAAAAGAUUUGUUUAUUGAAAUGGAAAAGAGAGGCUGCUCGCCAAAUGAUGUGACUUACCGUAUUCUUCUCCAAGGAUUUCUAAAGAACCAACAACAUGAUACCAUAGAAAUGCUUCUACAGGAAAUGGAAAGAAAAUGUUUUUCACUUGAUGCUUCAACUGUAGCAAUGUUACUUGAUCAUAUAAAAAGCUAG